UUGGGCACCGCUCUCCACACAGUCUGGGUUUACCUUCCGUCGCGAGCGGUUGUGUUUUUUUGGCGCGCGCGCGCUUUCUCGGCGGUCAACUCGCAUAGCGUCAGCGGAGUCCGGUUUGUGGUAUGCUCUGCUUAGUGUUGUCCGGAUUUUUGUUUGUGCUUCACCCAUGAAACGUGUCCAGUUGUUGGUGCUUUAAAUUCGCAUUUCACCGUCAGAUUUGUUUUAUGUAAUCGUGGAUUGAAAGUUUGUACCUACAAGUGUAGCAGCGGAAAGUAGUAUCUUACGAAAAGCGGGAGUGGAAAACUGACGAAGAAAUGCCGUGUUGAAGUAUCAGUGACGAGAUAUGAAAAAUUGCAUUUAGGAGGAAAGUUGAUCCAGGACGAAGAAAGUUAGGAAACACAAGUGCUAGGCAGCAGUCUUGUACUGGAGGAGAGGUGAUUGGUGUAAAGUGAAACUGCCAAAGAGACAAGUGUCGCCGUCAAGGAGAAACAUUUCCUCAGGAUGGCAGCAUCCACGGGAAAUUCCAUUGAAAUAGGACAGUCGGAACAGGAGCUAGUUGGUUCGAAGAAGCGUAACACCAAGAAAUAUCUACUCAUAGGCGGCGGAGUAGCGAUAGUGCUGGCUGUUGUGAUCACCCUCGUCGUAGUGUUCACCGGAGAUGAUUCAAGCGACAAUGGCGAUAACAGUCCGAUCGUGUCCGGUGGAGAUCCGAUCACGUUGGAGGAUUUCCUCACCGGUAAGCUGUCGGCACGAGGUUUCAACGGUGCAUGGUCUCCGAGCGGAAAAGUGAUUUCACGGGACGAUGUUGGACGAGUGCUGGCAUACGAUCCGGCAACGAACGAGACCAAAACACUACUGGAUGAACAGCAUGAGGAUCUGCUGCAGGGAUUCAAGUUCGAUCUGUCGGCUGAUGAGCGAUACCUAUUGGUGGCUAGGGGAUACAGCAAGAUCUUCCGGCACAGUUUUCUGGCCGUGUACGACAUUGUUGAUCUUCAGAACAAUCGCGUCAUUCCGAUCAAUGUCAAUGGUGAAAGGAAAGCUCUCAAUGUAGUAGAAUGGAGUCCAGUGGGAAACUCAUUCAUAUUUGUGUUCCUCAACAAUCUGUACUAUAAGGCGUCACCCGAUGCUCAAGAGCUUCAGAUCACGAAUGACGGUGAGGCCAGCAUCUACAACGGAAUCCCGGAUUGGGUCUAUGAGGAAGAAGUGUUCUCCACGAACCUCGCCACGUGGUUCUCAACCGAUGGUCAGAAGCUUGCAUUCAUUAGGUUUAACGACACCACCACACGACUGAUGAAAAUUCCUAUCUACGGCCCACCUGGUCAUCCGGAAUUCCAAUAUCCUCAUGAACUUGCUUUGCACUAUCCAAAGGCUGGAACACCCAAUCCCUCUGUAAACCUCUAUCAGGUGGAUCUUGUGAACCCGUCAGUUAAGACUGAAAUAAAGCCGCCAGUUGCACUGGUGACCCCAGAAAACGAUCACAUCAUUACGUCCGUUGGCUGGGCUAGCAACAACCGUCUGAUAACCAUUUGGAAGAAUCGGGUCCAGAAUCACGCAAUCGUUACGACGUGUGAUCAAAACAAUAACUGCGGUGAAAUUCAAGAUAUCCGUGUCGAUGGGGGCUGGUUGGAGUUGUUCAGUGCACCCGUGUUCAAUAAAGAUGGAUCACAGUUUGUGAUCAUUAAGUCCCAGGAUCAACCCGAUGCAGGCGGUUACAAUCACAUCACUAUGAUGUCUACCCAAACCAGAAGUAGCAUGGCGUUCACCAGCGGAAAGUACGUGGUGCAGGAGAUUCUUUUGUGGGAACCGGAAACCAAUCUGAUCUUCUAUGCUGCCAAUACCGAGGAAGACUCGCACGUGCUGCACAUCUUCGCAGUACAGGGCCACUCUGGUGCCAAACCUAUGUGUUUGACUUGCACGGUUGGGUCGAGCCCGAAGCAGUCCUACUUCAAUGCACAGAUGAGCAAGAAGGGUAACUAUAUUGUGCUCGAAGCUAAAGGGCCGGGCGUUCCCUGGUCGGAGAUGUUCGAAUGGAGUUUUGCCAAUGGUGCUGUCAGUCUAAAACCCGUCAAGACGCUGGAAACGAAUACCGAGCUGAGAAACCGUUUGGAAGGCAAAUCCUUGCCGACCGUGCAGUACCACGAAAUCGACUUGGAAAAUGGAUUUACCUCCAAGGUGAUGCUGCUGAUUCCACCUGGUGCAGAUCUUAGUGGCAAAACGAAAUACCCGCUGCUCGUCGACGUCUACGGAGGUCCCAACUCCUAUUCGGUAACCAGCUCUUGGUCGAUUGGCUGGGGUCAUCAUAUGAGCUCGAACCGAUCGGUGAUCUACGCCAAGAUUGACGGUCGGGGGUCCGGCCUGCGAGGGGACAAACUGUUGUUCCAAAUCUACCGCAAGUUGGGAACGUUCGAAAUUGAGGAUCAGAUUACGACGGCGAAGAAACUGUCCGAAAAGCUGCCCUUCGUUGAUCCAGCCCGCGCUGCCAUUUGGGGCUGGAGUUAUGGAGGCUACGCAUCGGCCAUGGCGUUGGCCAAGGAUGCCAAUCGGGUUUUCAAAUGUGCUGUCUCUGUGGCCCCCGUCACUGAUUGGACGUUCUAUGAUUCCAUCUACACCGAGCGCUACAUGGGGCUGCCAACGGCGACAGACAACAAGCAGGGUUACGAGCAGUCUCGGCUGACGGCCAUGUACGAAAAGUUCCGGGAUCGGAAGUACAUGCUGGUGCAUGGAACUUUCGAUGACAACGUCCAUUAUCAACAGGCUAUGCAGCUCGCACGGGCGUUGGAAACCCACGAUAUUAUGUUCAAACAAGUGAGCUACCCGGAUGAAGACCACAGCCUCGCCGGAGUGCGACCGCAUCUGUACCACACGCUGGGCCGGUUCUUCAGCGAGUGCUUCGACCUGCGGGACUGACAUGGCCUUCUGGCCGAAGACGGCGAGCACCAAAUGUACUUCAUACCGGACAAUGAUUCCUUUGUCCCUAAAGACUUAUCCAGCCUUCUGCGGGAGUUCCACCUGCAAAAAGUCACAAAUGGCAGCAUGCCCGUCUUGUAAAUAGGUUUUAAAACUAAAUAGUCCAUUUCGGCGUACACCGCGCUACUGUAAAUAGUGGACCGACUUCUUGGGAUGUAAAUGUUAUUUUCUAAUGUGUCCUGUGGCGUCUGAAAUGUACAUUGUACAGCUAAUGCUACCCGGAACAGGUUUUGUGAUACUACACGACCAUCAACCAUUAUGAUAGAAACCCAUAUCUGCAGCACAAAAAGUAACAGAAACCACAUCAUAUGCCAAGUUUUACAAAUUACAUAAAUACUAGUCAGUAUUCAGAAGAAGAACGUGUAAAGUUUUCACCUUUCUGUUUUUUUUUGCUACACAUAUUAUAGAUAGUUACGACCGAUAUGUUUUAUGAAUAGAUUCGUUUUUUAAUCCAAAUUUUGAUGUUCUUCGGAGCGGUGUUCUGAAUGAAUGUUUUACAACUUGUAUGAGCUGUGUUAAAUGGUAGGUCACAAAUUGUAACUUGUUAUUUAAAUGUUGAUAAAUAAACAAUUUCAUACAGAA